CUUUAUCGACCGAAUUUCGGUCGUCAUCUUUGUUACCAAUGUUAUCGAAUAACACUAGCCGGCUCACGGCUGUCACAGCGAUCAUUGACAAUCUCUGGUGAGCAGUCAGUGGCAGUCAAUGGACCUCAGUAAUCGCAGUAAAAACUGUCAUUUCUUAUCCCAACUUCAGAAACGAGCAUACGACUGCAUAUCAAUAUUAAUAGCGCGAUGAUGUUUCAUAAGGUUCCUCUAAAAUUGUGUCGGUUAUGUGGGAAGGAAACGCGUCAAGGUACAGAUGUAUUCAAAGAUAAGGUUAAGGGUGCCGUCUUGAUAUCAAUAAUCAACAAGUACUUGUCGAAAGAGGUGAUAAAUAUUUUGGUGUCGGAUGCAUUUUCGAAAUUUGUCUGCGUUGAAUGUGAACAGAAGAUAUACGUGUUUGACGAAUUCUGUUUGAUGGUAGCAAACGUUCAAAAACAGCUGACAGCACCUGCUUUAGAAAUUGAUUUUGCAGAGGACAUGCUGUGCCACUUGAAAGAAAAUGAUGUUUUAUCUAAAGCAACCGUACCGUAUAGAGAAAAGCGUAAAUCUAUUUGUGAUAUUUGCUCAAAGAGUUUCAGGUGUCAGGCACACCUUAAUAGGCAUAAACGUAUUCACACGGGAGCUCGACCCUUCAUUUGUAAUAUUUGCAACAUGUCUUUUAAUCAGCAAGAAAUUUUAACAAAGCACAGAGAAACUCAUGAUAACAAGAAGCAGUUUCAAUGUGCAAAUUGUCAUCAGUCCUUUCGGUACAAAGUAUCGCUCCAGUCUCAUCUAGUUACAUUUCAUACCGAUACAGACUCCUCGUCAUCUUCCAUGUUGUGCAAUAGAGGUUUCUCUGUUGUUAAUACAUCUUCGACAUGCCUCGAAUGUGGAAAAAUAUUUGCAACAAAGUAUAAGCUUCAACGUCACUGUAGAUCUCACUCGGGAGAUAGACCUUAUACAUGUUCAUAUUGCAAUCGGACAUUUUCACAGACUGGUAAUCUUAAGCAGCAUCAAGUUAAGUGCCAUAACAGUAAUUGCAUUGUAUCGGAAACUUCAAAUUCUCAUCAGCACUUGAGCAGUGAGGGAAAUUGCGAAAUUUCUAAUGUCCCCUUAAAUAACUUUCAAUCUAUUUACAUCACAGAGAGUGAGAUCCAAAAAACCAUCAAUGAGACAAUUAAUUCUACUGAUCAAGGUAGUUCAUAUCUCAGCAAAUCCUUUGCAAGUCCCAUAUACAUAGAUGAGGAAAUUGAAACGAUGCUAGAUCAAGAUUUAGAACAGUUGGACAGUUCAAAGUAUCGGUCCUCAGAACAAGAGAAAGUUUCUCUCUGUUUAAAACAGCCUGAAACUCCUGAGUUGUUGCACAGCUUGUUGUAUGAUGAAUAGAUUGGUUUCAAUACGAGUUGUUAUACUGUAACAUUACUCUAAUUUAAAAUUUGCACUCAGUGCAUGUGAGAGUUCAAUAAGCAAAUUUUUUUCAGAUCGACAUGAAAUAAUUUUAUUUCCAUGAUUACAUGCUUUUGAUCUCACUGCUGUAAUUAUAUUACAAGUUGUUUAUACGCAAGAGAAUGAUGCUACAUCUUAAUGUUAUGACUAAAAUAAAACGAAAAUCAACCGACCAGGAAAUCACUUGAUGUUUCAGUGCACAUCUUAGUUUCGUUUCUAUAAAGAAAAAUCUAUAAACAAUUGAUAUAACAAACAUGUAAUAUUUAAUAAUAUAUGGAAAUACAUUCAAGAGUUGACCGUAUUCUUUGCAUAUUUAUUUUUAUUUUACUUUUCGUUUCAUGCUGCAGGCGGGGAGAUGCUUGUUAUUAAUAAAUUUUUAUUUUUAAGUAAGUCAACAUUGAUAUCAACUUAACAGUAAUUCCGUGCAUAUUUCAAUUUGCAAUUAACACGAAGUCUUAAUCAGAGAUUUUUAUUUGGUAUGAGAAGAAAGCACAAAAACGAAAAGAAAUCAAUGAAUGGCACGUUCUACCUUAACUUCCUUUAUAUCUCGCGAGAUCAUUAUUACCGUGAUCGUGAUCGUGAUCGUCAUUGAAACAAUUCGAUUUUAAAAUCACAAAAAAAGUGCAGUGACCUUGCACAAACAUUCCAUCAUUUUGGUUCUAUCACAUUUGUUUGCAUGUAUUUAUGUACGUAUGUAUAAUUGUAUUAAGUAAGUAUUAGCUGUUUGUUUUUCCUUCAAAACGUUCAAGAGACUAAAAUAUAAUACUCAGAUCAUAAUAAAAAUAAUUCAGCCUGGUAUUAAAAAUAUGGUGAUAAUUGGUUUACGUUCUGUUUAGUUGCUUUGUUUUAAAUAAUACAAUUAGGAAAUCUUACAAACUAUGCACAUAUCCUAUAUAUAUAUAUAAUAUAUAUACACACGCACCUAUAUAUA